GCCGAGGCGGGCGGAGGGCGGCGGCGUCCGCGGGGGCCACAGAGGCCGCGCGCCCAGCCCGCCCGCACCGCGCCAUGGCCCCGCGCGCCCGGCGGCGCCGCCAGCCGUCCGCGCCGCUGCUGGCGCUCUGCGCGCUGCUCGUCCCGCUGCAGGUGAGUCUCCAGGUCACCCCUCCGUGCACCCGGGAGAGACAGUAUGAGCACCUUGGGCGGUGCUGCAGCAGAUGCCAGCCAGGAAAAUACCUGUCUUCUAAAUGCACUCCUACCUCCGACAGUGUGUGUCUGCCCUGUGGCCAAGAUGAAUACUUGGAUACCUGGAAUGAAGAAGAUAAAUGCUUGCUGCAUAAAGUCUGUGAUGCAGGCAAGGCCCUGGUGGCCGUGGACCCUGGCAACCACACGGCCCCGCGUCGCUGUGCGUGCACGGCUGGCUACCACUGGAACCCGGACUGCGAGUGCUGCCGCCGCAACACUGAGUGCGCACCGGGCUUCGGAGCCCAGCAUCCCUUGCAGCUCAACAAGGACACGGUGUGCGCGCCCUGCGCCCUAGGCUUCUUCUCAGACGUCUUUUCAUCCACGGACAGGUGCAGGCCCUGGACCAACUGCACUCUCCUUGGAAGGAUUGAGGCACACCAAGGGACGAAAACAUCAGAUGUGGUCUGCAGCUCUCCUCUGACAUCAAGGAAACCACCCAAGGAAGCGCAGGUCUACCUGCCCAGCCUCGUCAUUCUGCUCCUCUUUGUCUCCGUGGUAUUAGCUGCUGCCGUUGUCUUUGGCGUUUACUACAGGAAGGGAGGGAAAGCGCUGACAGCUAAUUUGUGGAACUGGGUCAAUGGUGCUUGCAGUAGCCUAAGCGGAAAUAAGGGGUCCUCAGGAGACCGCUGCACUGGUCCUCACUCAGCAACAUCCAGUCAGCAGGAAGUGUGUGAAGAUAUCUUACUAAUGACGCUGGAGGAGAAGACGGUUCCAGAAGACUUGUGCUAUCCAGAAGACGGUGCUGCUGGAGUCUGUGGGCCCGGGUGUGCAGCAGUGGGGACCUGUGUGGAAGGUGGAGGUGAUGGGAUGUUCACGCUGGUCAGCGAGGUUGAGAUGCAGGGGGACCUCUCAAGGAAGAUUCCCACAGAGGAUGAGUACACAGACAGGCCCUCACAGCCUGCUGCUGCUUCACUGUUCCUGAUCCAGCCUGGAAACAAGUCCACACCCCCUUUCCAGGAGCCCUUGGAAGUGGGGGAGAAUGACAGUUUAAGCCAGUGUUUCACAGGGACCGAGAGCACAGUGGAUUCUGAAGGCUGUUACUUCACUGAGCCUCCAUGCAGGACUGAUUGUACGCCUGUGUCCCCUGAAAAAUACUUGAAAAAAGAAAUCGAGGGUGACAGUUGCCUACCCUGGGUGGCCAGCUCCAACUUGACGGAUGGCUACACGGGCAGUGGGAACAUUCCAGGGGAGGACCAUGAACCCCCUACGGGGUCCUUGAAAUGUGGACCAUUGCCCCAGUGUGCCUACAGCAUGGGCCUUCCCAGUGAAGCGGCAGCCAGCAUGGCAGAGGUGGGAGAGCAGCCUCAGGACAGGGCGGACAGGCUUCCAAGCUCGGAGAGGGGAGCCUCCGGGUCUGGGAGUUCCCCCGGUAACCAGCCACCUGCAUCUGGGAACGUGACGGGGAACAGUAACUCCACGUUCAUCUCCAGCGGGCAGGUGAUGAACUUCAAGGGCGACAUCAUCGUGGUGUACGUCAGCCAGACCUCGCAGGAGGGCCCGGGGCCCGCCGAGGCGGAGCCGGAGCCGGUGGGCCGCCCGGUGCAGGAGGAGACGCUGGCGCGCAGGGACUCCUUCGCGGGCACGGCGCCGCGCUUCCCGGACCCGGGCGCCCCCGCGGCGGCUCAGCAGGAGCAGGGCUCCCCGGGACCGGAGGACGGGACGUCUCGGCCGGUGCAGGAGCAGGGCGGGGCUCAGGCCUUCCCGCGUACCCAGGGGUCUGGACAUGGUGCAGAAUGACCCGGCCUUCUCUGACUGCCCUGGGCGCGCUGCACCAGUGGCGUUCCAAGAACAGGUGUUGUGGCUAGCCACUGCGCACCUCCGCGCAGGCGCAGUGCUGGCGUGGUGGUGGAGUCCACGCUGCACUUCCUCCUGUGCCCCUCUUCUCUGCCGCCUACCUCCCGGUAACAUCCAGUUUGGCCUUUUUGUUCCCAACGUUGGUGUCCUGCAUUAUUGAGGUCUGUACCACCCAACCCCCGUAUUUAUAUUUCACUUUUUUUUUUUUUGGUAGGGUUUCCUGAUACUUUCUCAUUCUUUCUUUCCAGACUAUUUAAGGGUUUUCCUGACAAUUCUGAAGGUGCGGUCUCCUUUACUUUGUACUCCCACCUACCGUGAUCUGGUGAUGGCUUUUGUUAGUGUCCUCUAAGUCCUUUCAGGAAAAGGCCAGAAGUGUGAUGCUGGGGAGUGAAGUGUAAGAAAUGAGUAGUGGGACUUUUAUUUUCUGAAAAUAUUCUGCGUCAGUUUUUUUCUCAAAAAAGUGGGAAGGAGCGUGCUGUGGCCGCACCAAGGUUUUCAGUGUGUGUAGAUCCUUGACAACUAUGCUCAGGGCAGGGUCUUGUCCCUCCCUGUUUUUUUGGGUUUUGUUGUUGUGGUUGUUUGUUUGUUUGUUUAUUUGGUAGCUAAUGUUAUUUUUAUUAUCAUUUAUUACAAUUUAUUCAAUUUGUAUCCCAGCUGUGGCCCCCCCCUCCCUCAUCUCCUCCCAAUCCCACCCUCCCUGCCUCUUCUCCUCCUGUGCUCUUCCUCUAGUCUACUGAUAGAGGAGGACCUCCUCCCCUUCUAUUUGACCCUAGUCUAUCAGGUCUCAUCAGGACUGGUUGCAUUGUCUUCCUCUGUGGCCUGGCAUGACUGCACCCCCCAGGGGAAGGUGAUCAGAGAGCCAGCCACUGAGUUCAAUCCAGAGACAGCCCUUGUUCCCCUUACUAGAGACCCCACUUGGAGACUGAAUCUAUGGGCUACAUGUGAGCCAUGGUUUUAGGCUCAGUAAUCCAAUUAAAAAAUGGGGUACAGAGCUAAACAGAGAAUUCUCAAUAGAGGAAUACUGAAUGGCAGAGAAACACUUAAAGAAAUGUUCAGCGUCCUUAGUUAUCAGAGAGAUACAAAUCAAAACAACCCUGAGAUUUCACCUUACACCCAUCAGAAUGGCUAAGAUCAAAAACUCAAGUGACAACACAUGCUGGAGAGGAUGUGGAGAAAGGGGAACCCUCCUCCAUUGCUGGUGGGAGUGUAAAUUUGUACAGCCCCUUUGGAAAUCAAUUUGGUUUUGGUUUUGUUUUUUCCACAGUGGCAGGUACCUGGCCACUAAAUCCUAGCUUUUGUUGUUUGGCAUUCUUAGUUUUAAAUGAUUAGCUGUCUAGAAAAGAUGGAGAAAGUGAAUAGGACAUAAAGCCAAAGAAAAAAGAAGGUGCCAGGGAAAUUCGAGAAAGAAUGAAUAAAGUUGACACGUUAAUUUGCAUUUUCUCUUUCUACAUAAGAAUGUUGGAAAUGUGUCUAGGCAGUAGGCCCUCUUCUCUUCCAAAGUAUUUGUGCAUGAGUAAUUUAGUUUUAUGGAAAUAAAAGCAUUCCUCUGGGUGUGUGUGUGUGUGUGUGUGUCUGUGUGUGUGUGUGUCUGUGUGUGUUCUGUGUAGUACUCCCACAUUUAAAUUACAAACCAGGAGCUCUAAAGAGAUGGCUCAGAGUUAAGAAGACUAAGAGUUUGAGUUCAAUACAUGACAUCCCACUGGGAAGCUCACAAUUACUUUUAACUCCAGCUCCAGAGGAGCCCGUGUCCUCUUUUGGCCUCUAUGAGCAACUAUACACACACACACACACACACACACACACACAUACAUACACACACACACAAUUACAAAUCAAAUGUCCCUGAGGUGAAUAUAAGAAAAUUAACUAUCUUAUAGGUGACUUUCUUUUGGCAUGGCUCCCUUUGCAAUAAAGCAGUUUAAAAUGGAAAGAGGCUGGGUGGGUUUGUCAUGGGCACUGGUUCUCAGACACUGGAGAAAAAGCUAAGUGAAUUGCAAGUAGUUUUGUAGUCUGAAAGGUUCUACACGUGUUUCUAAUGGCCCUUGUGCCGCCACAAACACUCAGCUGAACAGAGGCCCAUCUGGCACAGGUUUCUUCCUCCUGAUUGCAUCUCUCCCUCGGUCACGGGGGUUGACUGUGAUUUUUAAUGCAAACAUAGGGAACAGCUCUGCAAUUUAUGGGGCUCUUUCAUUAACAUGAAGAACUGCAGGAAACAACUACGGUGCCAGAAUGAUGGAAUGGCAGAAAUUCUGCUAAUAUCCAUCCAAAGAGCGAUGUUACUAAAUUCAACAAAGCCAUUAGAACUUUGGCAUGGAAUGUAUUAAAUAAACCCCACAAAGUCGGGUGCGGAGCUAAAAAUCCACAUCUACCAUGACUGUCAACAUCUCUAUGUGUAUUUCACCCUUAUAUGCUUCUAUUUUUUUCCCCAUACAAAGCCAGUAAUGAUAAUUUGACAUGAUUUUCCUACCCAGAGAUGUCAAAAGGUGCUUCAGUGAAUAUUAAAGUACUUUCAACUCCAAAAAUUAAAAGUGCCAAGGGCAUUAAGAAUCUGCUUUUGGGAGGUGUGGGGGUAUCCUUGCUAAUGAUAUAUUGGGUCAAGGCCAAUCAGAUGGCAGGAAAUGAGCAACAAAGAUAGACCUUUGCCUGUAUGUAGUCAAGGUAUAUGUGACAAAUAUAAACGACGUAAUAAAGAGAACAAUAAAAAAUUAUUCCAAUGACAUGGUAAAGAGAUAAUUAAACCUUUAUUUGCCCAUAAAAAAUUUUUAUGUCUUGUUAAAACAAAACUCAUUACAAAAAUUGUGAUCCAGCCAGGAAUGAUGACAUGUUCCUUUAAUUACAACACUGGGGGGGGGGUAGAAGCAGUGAGAUCUCUGAGUUCAAGGCCAUCCUGCUUUGCACCUCGGAUUAUUACAGGACAGCCAGUACUACAUACACCUUGCCUCAAAACAAAACAAAAUUGUGAUCCAAAUUAUUUCCAGUCUGUAUAGUGUGCUGUGGUGUCAAACGUUGGUUUUGCUGUGUCUUACUGGCAGUGUAUCUUCUAUUGCUGCCAUAUGAUAAGGUAAUUAUUUAAAAUACUAUUUGGCAGGGGCUGGAGAGGAGGCUUAGCAGUUAAGAACACACACUGCUUACAGAGGAUGAGGGCUCAGUUCCCAGCACCUCUGUUGCUUUACAGCCAUCUGUAACUCUAGCUCCUGGGAGAGCCAACGACCAUGGCUUCUGAGGGGGCCUGCACCCACAUACGCACAGACACAUACAUAAUUGAAAAUAAAAUAAUAAGCCUUCAAAAAGCAAAAUUUUUAAAGUCUUGCUACUGAGCAAGAGAGUUAAAAGAGAACUGAAGAGUAGUGUUUACUUCCUGCAUGUCGCCCAGAUAGUGAAAGAACAAAUUUCUUUCCAUCUGUGAGUGCAGAAUGGUUCGAAUGUGAUGUGUGGAACCUUCAGGUGGCAGGGAAAGGAAUCUUGCUGAGUAACAAAACCCUCUGAAUUCAUUGGCCUAAAAUAACUACCCAUCUAGCUCAUGAUUUGAUUGUUGGCUCAACUAAGGUGAGUCUCAGGCCUGUGUUGAGAUGAGCUGGCUCGCUCAUUGGUAGUGAGGAGGAUCUUCAGCUCUCUGGACAUCUCUGACCUGAGCUAUUCUACCCAUGCCUGCCAUGCCCCAUCCUUUCAGCAUCCAAGCAUCACCUUAUGAUUCAGAGUCUUUGGGAGAGCAAUACUCACCCCCAACAGUUCUUGGCUCCAGUUCUGACUUGCAGAUGAAUUCUGCCACAUCUGCUGACCACAAGAAGUCACAAGGCCAGGCCCAGCUUAGCAAGAAGUGAAACCCGCCCUACUCCUGCUAUGGAAAAGUUUCUGAGUGACAUGGGGGUGUAUACCAGAAGGAAGGAAGGGAAGAAUAGGAAAGAAAAAGAGCCCCCUUUGCUCUCUACCAUGGGACAUCGAUUAGAAUAAAAUGAGGAAGAGAAAAGUGUCUGGGGCCAUUUGAGAAACAGCAUGUUUCUAAUCCCUGAUAAGCCAGGAGUUCCCGGUGACAGGAUCCCUUUGAUGUCCAGUAGUGUGAAUUGAUUCCUACAAUGGUAUGUGUAAGUGUGUGGGUGCAUACAACAUGAGUGUGGUACCCAGAGACCAUUCCUUAGGAUGCUGUCCACCUUGCUUCUUGAGACCGGGUCUCUCACUGACCUUGCCUGGCUGGUUCAGUUAGGCUCGCCAAUGAGCCAGCAAGCCCAAGAGAUCCACUACAGCACUGAGAUUAUAAACCCUUGCUAGCUUAUCUGGCCUUUUCACAUGUGUCCUAUAGAUAGAAGUCAGAUCCUCAGGCUUGAAUGGCAGGGGCUUUACACACUGAGCUGUCUCCCCAGUUCUAGACCAGCUCUUUGUGACAUGCUAGGCUAAAGGGAUGGACAUGAGCAGAGCUGUCUAGUGCAAAACUGUGAUGCUGAAAUGUUUGCUCUUUGGUGGUCUGAUAGCAUGUGACUUCCUACCCCGUUGUCCAUUGACUGUGAGGAGCUGUGGAGAGCACUGAACAUGAUCUAGCUGUAUAACUUAUUUGCACCUGAGGAUAAAGCACUGCUUUUCUAUAGGAUGCUUUUAACAUUUGGGCCCUGAGUGCCUAGAGGGAGCAAGGACCUAGGGAGGAAGGAAUGCUUGCUGUAGGUGCCAAAGGAGGCUCCUGGGAGGGGACCCCAAUUGACUUCCUGGGCUCUAGGGCAGUGUUGAUGAAUAGGCUACCUCUCAAUGCCAGAGACCUACCAGAAAAGAGGUGGGACUUGAUACUGGAUGACGGGAGUGGCCAGGAGAAGGCCCAGCAGCAAGAGUCUAGCUGCCCUCAAUGGGGCUGAUCCCAGAAAUCACUGGAAUCCUUGAAAACAGACAUAUGGCAGCCACACCAAAAAUUGAAGAAGAAAGAUACCAGAAGAUGGAAAGAUCUCCCAUGCUUAUGAAUCAGUAGGAUUAACAUAGUAAAAAAUGGCCAUCUUACCAAAAGCAAUCUACAGAUUCAAUGCCAUUCCCAUCAAAAUACCAACACAACUUUUUGUAGACCUUGAAAGAAAAAUUCUCAACUUCAUAUGGAAAAACAACAACAAAAACCAAAAACCAGAAUAGCUAAAACCAUCCUGUACAAUAAAAGAACUUCUGGAAGUAUCUCCAUCCCUGAUCUUAAGCUAUAGAGCAACAGUAAUAAAAAUGACAUGGUACUUGCAUAGAAACAGAUUGAUGGAUCAAUGGAAUUGGACAGAAGACCCAGAAAUAAACCCAAACACUUAUGGACACCUGAUUUUUGACAAAGAUGCCAAAACCAUACAAUGGAAAAAAGACACUAUCUUCAACAAAUGGUGCUGGUCUAACUGGAUAUCUACAUGUAGAAAAAUGCAAAUAGAUCCAUACUUAUCACCCUGAAAAAAAGUAAAGUCCAGUGGCUCAAAGACCACAACAUAAAACUAGACACACUAAAUCUGUUAGAAGAAAAAGUGGGGAAGAGCCUUGAACACAUUGGCACAGAGACAACUUCCUGAACAGAACACUAACAGCACAGGCUUUAAGAUCAACGAUCCCUAUCAAAAUUUUAACACAAUUCUUUACAGACAUUGAAGGAACAAUAUUCAACUUCAUAUGGAAAAACAAAACCCAGGAUAGCUAAAACAAACUUUUACAAUAAAAGAACUUCCAAAGGUAUCACCACCCCUGAUUUCAAGCUAUUUUACAGAGCAAUAGUGAUAAAAACUGCAUGGUAUUGUCAUAAAAGAAGACAGGUUGAUCAAUGGAAUCAAAUCAAAUACCCAGAUGUAAAUCCACACACGUAUGGACACUUGAUCUUUGAUAAAGAAGCCAGAAUUAUACAUCAAGUAAAAGACAGCAUCUUCAACAAAUGGUGCAGGAACAACUGGAUGUCUACAUGUAGAAGAAUGCAAAUAGAUCCAUAUUUAUCACCUUGCACCAAACUCAAGUCCAAGUGGAUCAAAGGCCUUAACACUGAAGCUGACACACUGAACCUGAUAGAAAGUGCAUUAGUCUUGAAUGCAUCGGUACAGGAGACAGCUUUCUGAACAGAACACUGACAGUGCAGGGACUAAGAUCAACAAUUCAUAAAUGGGAUCUAAUGUAACUGAAAAUGCUUCUGUAAGGCAAAGGACACCAUCAAUAGGACAAAAUAGCAGCCUACAGAAUGGGAAAAGAUUUUCACCAACUCACGUCUGACAGAGGGCUAAUAACCCAAAAUAUAUAAAGAACUCAAGAAACUAGACAUUAACAAACCAAAUAAUUCAAUUUAAAAAUGGGGUACAGCUCUAAACAGAUAAUUCUCGACAGAGAAAUCUCUAAUGGCCAAAAAGCACUUAAAUGUUCAACAUCUUUAGCCAUCAGUGAAAUGCAAAUCAAAACGACUCUGAGAUUACAUUUUAACACCUGUCAAAAUGGCUAAGAUCAAAACCACAAGUGAAAUUUCAUGCUGGCAAAGAUGUGGAAGAAGGGAACACUCACUCCUUCACUGCUGAUGGGAGUGCAAACUUGUACAGCCACUUUGGAAAACAAUAUGAUAGUUUCUCAGGAAAUUUGGAACCAAACUAUACCGCUCCUGGGCAUAUACACAAAAGGUGCUUCAUCCUAUCACAAGGACGCUUGUUCAACUAUGUUCAUGGAAGCUUUAUUUGUAACAGCCAGAAACUGGAAACAACCUAGAUGUCCCUCAACUGAAGAAUGGUUAAAGAAAAUGUAGUACAUUUACACAGUGGGGCAUUACUCAGCUAUGCUGUUAAAAAAAAAAAAAGUAACACCAUAAACUUUGCAGGCAAAUGAAUGCAACUAGAAAAAAAAAUAAUUCUGGGUGAGGUAACCCAGACCCAGAACCAUAAACAUGGUAUGUAUUCACUUACAAGUGUUUAUUAGCUGUUAAGCAAAGGAUAAAUGUGUUAAGUCCGCAGACACAGAGAGGUUGUUUAAUAAGAGGGUUCAAGGGGUGUGAUGAACCUAUGACUCUCCUGUGAAGGGGAAAUAGACUAGAUACUGUGGGUGGACUGGGGUGGAUGGUCAAGGAACAGGAGGGAUCAGCUGGGAGGGAAAGGGAGGAACAGAAUACCAGGAGAGACACCUGGAAUUGGGGUGCAUUUCAGGGGCGAGGUAGAAACUUAGUGCAAUGGAAACUUCCAGGAAUCCGCAAGAAUGACCCUAUCUAAGACUCCUAGUAAGGGCGGGGUACUGAGCCUGAACCAGCCAUCUCCUAUAACCAGGCAAGUCUUCCAGUUGAGGGAUUGGGACUCCAACCUCGCCUUAGAACCUUCCACCUACAAUUUGUCCUGCCUACAAGAUGUACUGUGGUAAUGGUGGCGCAGAGGUUGGGGUGGGGGGAGCCAAUCAAUGACUGGACCAGCUUGAGACCCAUGCCAUGAAAGGGAGCCCACCUUUGACACUGCCUUGAUGGCCAGAAAUCAGCCGCUGGCCAGACACAUAGGACAGAACCUAACAUGACCUGCAAAAAAAAAAAAAAAAAAAAGUCAGUAAAAUUAUUCCUGAUAAUAAUCUGUUGUACUCAUAGACAGGAGCCUGGCAUAAUUAUAUCAGAGAGGCUAGCAACUGAUCUAGCAACUGAUGGGAACAGAUACAGAGACCCACAACUGAACAUUAGGUGGAGUGGGGAAUCCUGCAGAAGAGACUGGAAGGAUUUAGGAGCCAGAGGGGUCAUGGACACUAUAAAAAGACCCAUGGAAUCAACUAACCAGGACACAUAGGGGCUCACAGAGACUGAACUGACAGUCAGAGAGCCUGCCUGGACCAGACCUAGACCCUUUGCAUGUAUGUUGUGGUUGUGUAGCUUGGUCUUCUUUUGCAACUCUUAACAGAGAGAGAGGGGAUCGUCUCUAACUCUUUUGCCUGCUUUUGGGACCCCCUUCCUCUCACUGGGUUGCCUCAUUCAACAGGGGGGUUCUUCGUCUUAUUGCAACUUUAUAUAUGCCAUGUUUGGUUGAUAUCCCUGGGAUGUUUAUAAGCUAGUGAAGUAGACCAGAGAUGGACAGGUGACAGGAGAAGAAGGAUCAGGACAUUCUACACAGGGCACAGCCACCCCUACAGGAGAAUGUGUUCUCCAAAUACAAAAUACCCCUCGCCCACCAAACUCCAUUGCUCCCCAUUGCCUUUGGAACACAGACCAAACGA